ACAACGUAAGAGAGGGUUCAGAAAAUCAGAAACGAAAGAUUCAGUUGCAACACGACAACAACGUUGGACCAGAAGCAGGCAUGGUUUGCUUUUGUUUUCUGGUGGAUCAGACGAAGAAAGUGAAGCGGAGCAAGCCGGUGGCCGGGUCGUGCUCGCGGUGCGGCGGAGGUGCCAGUGUUGCAGACAUGAUUACUCAAACCAGAUUUUGCUAUGUUCCUUUCUAUUGCAAAUCUUGGAAGGCUAUCAUGUGCACUUUCUGUGGAGCCAUGCUCAAGUCUUACACAUGAUCAUCAUAAAUUACUUUCCACCAAAGUUUUAACAUCAUUAAGGUUACAUAUAUACAUGCCAAGAAUCUUGGCAUUUCAACACCAAAUAUCAUUUAUAAACAUCUUUUAUCCUAUACUAUUGUAGAGUUCUAGUUAAAAAUAAGGUAUUGUUGUAUUCUGGAAAUGUGAAUUUUGAACCCAAAAUAUUGAAAGUGCUACUUUAUUUUUUUA